UAAUUAGAACGAAGAUAAAAGAGAGAGGAGGAGGAGCAAGUGAUAGUAAGGGUGAAAAAUGGCGUCGAACCAAGUAAGGGCUUCGCACAUACUGAUCAAACACCAGGAUUCGCGGCGCAAGGCGUCAUGGAAAGAUCCAGAAGGCCGCGUUAUUUGUAACACAACCAGAGACACCGCCGUCACUCAGCUCAAAGCCCUUCGUGAUGACAUCAUCACCGGCAGUGUCAAGUUCGACGAUGUCGCUUCCCGCUACUCCGAUUGCAGCUCCGCCAAGCGCGGCGGCGAUCUCGGUUCUUUUAGUCGUGGCCAGAUGCAGAAACCUUUUGAAGAAGCGACAUAUGGUUUGAAGGUUGGCGAGAUUAGUGACAUUGUGGAUACUGACAGUGGUGUUCACAUAAUCAUGAGAACUGGCUGAUCUUGGAUGAAUUAUGGAUGGGUAUACUGAACUAUUUCAGGCUACAUUCAAGAUACUCAAUUAAAUGCUUUUGUAUUGUUUGAUCUUCCAUUUGAGGUUCCACAGCCGUUCAUUUUAUCUAUUGUAUACAAUCAAUAUACUAUUUGAGAGAACUUCACCAAUUGCAUGCAGUGUGUCUGAAUUGUUACUCUUAUGAACCAUAUUUAUACCUGAUUUUUGUUUCA